AAAAAUGCUGAAAGGUGCAGAUGAUGUUGUUAUGGAACAUGAGGACUCUGCUUCCCAACAUGGAGAAAUGACAAGCUGGGAUAUCAAUGACAUCAAACUUCCCCAGGAUGUAAGACAGAUAGAUGGAUUUCAAGAAUGGCCAGAUUCCUACGUAAAGCAUAUCUAUAGCUCAGAAGAUAAAAAUGCCCAGAGGCACCACAGCAGCUGGGCAAUGAGAAACACCAACAACCACAAUUCUCGCAUCUUAAAAAAGUCCUGCCUCGGAGUGGUGGUCUGUGGCAACAACUGCUCGACCUUGGAUGGGAGGAAGAUCUACUUAAGACCAGCCAUAUGUGAUAAAGCAAGGCAAAAACAACAGCGGAAAUGCUGUCCAAACUGCAAUGGGCCCCUGAGGCUCCUUUCCUGCCGAGGCCAUGGGGGUUACCCAGUUACCAACUUCUGGAGGCAUGAAGGACAAUUCAUAUUUUUUCAGUCCAAAGGAGCUCAUGACCAUCCACGUCCAGAAACAAAAUUAGAAGCAGAAGCAAGAAGAUCAACCCAAAAAGCACAGACAGCUUUUUCUCCGUCUUGUCCAAGAUUAAAAAGAAUACAGGAACUUGAGUCUCUGACAGGUGCAGUGCCGACGCGGGAGGCUUUGCCUCUGCUUCUUUCCAAGCCAGACACUGACACGUCCCUGCUACCGGAUCAUUUCAGGGGACACAUAAGCAAAAGCUCACGGGAGCCGGUGCUGGGCAGCUGCUCCGGGUGGCUGCCAUGCUCCAGGGCUGAGGAGGAUGGGGGCUCCAGAGAGGUGCUGGCCUGGAGCAGGAGCCCAGCCCUCGGGAGCAGCACCAGUGCCGGGAGGCCUGACAGCGGCCCUGCUGUCCCCUGCACAGCCCCUUCCCCCCAGCACUGCACCCACCCCAGCACCCCACACACCCUGCCCAUGGAGAAGGAUGGACAUGGCCCCUUCAGGCAUAGCACUGGUCCCUUGGGGGAUGGAUCCUGUGAGGACAAAUCCCCGCUGGCCUACAACGGCUGCUGCCUCCCUCCCCUGCCCUACCCUGCACCUCAGGAAGGUCCCUGCCCCAUGGCGAGUGGGGCACAGCACCACCAACAGCUCUCAGUGCCUCCGAGGGGAAAUGAAGGACAUGAUGGUGAGGGAGGGCGCCACGUGGGUCUCAACUACUGCAACGACGGCAUGUUUUUUAACCUGUACCCAUUACGAUGACUGGCUUUAAAUGUCCUCUCCGCCCCCUCUUUUGGCAACAGGCCUAAUU